AAAACUUUGGGAAGUGAACUCACACACUUUAAACUUAAGGCUUAAGGGUUGUAUAUUUGUAGCUGUGCCGCUUCGCUUUUGUUAUUAGGGUUUUUCAUAGUCUCUCUUUCUCUCUACCUUUUCUCAUCUACUCAGUCCAUACACAAAAUUCAAAUAUGAGCCUCCAUCCAGAAGUCAAGUGGGCACAGAGGCCUGAUGUGGUGUAUCUCACCGUGAUGUUACCUGAUGCUAAAGAUCCAAAAGUAGACUUGCAGCCAGAAGGGGUUUUUAACUUCUCUGCUACUGGUGGGGCAGGAGACCGUCUCUACGAAUUGAAACUAGAGCUCCAGGAUAAAGUUAAUGUUGAGGAGAGCAAAAUAAGUACUGGUACCAGAAGUAUAUUCUGCGUUUUGCAAAAAGCAGAGCCCAAAUGGUGGAACAAAUUAUUGCGUGGAGAUGGGAAAGCACCACACUAUGUGAAAGUAGAUUGGGACAAGUGGGUUGAUGAAGAUGAUGAACCUGAUGCUGGUCCUGGCGAUAUGGAUAUGAAUGGAAUGGAUUUCUCGAAAUUCGGUGGAAUGGGCGGUGGUGAUAUGGCUUCCAUGAUGGGUGGAAUGGGAGGUGGUGAUAUGGCUUCAAUGAUGGGUGGAAUGGGCGGAAUGGGUGGAAUGAUGGGCGGAAUGGGUGGCAUGAUGGGUGGAAUGGGCGGAAUGGGUGGAAUGGGUGAUAUGGCUUCAAUGAUGGGUGGAAUGGGAGGUGAUAUGGGGGAUGACCUUGAUGAUAGCGAUGAUGAAGAGCAAGAAGUGACAAAGGAUUCAGCUAAAGCUGCAGAGACGGUAGAUGCGAAACCUAAAGGAGCAGACAGCAGCAGCAAGGCAGAAGAUAAGGCUGCAUAGGGAAGAAGAGGAGGCUCAGCCAAGCUCUUGAGUGCAUAAGUAGUAGACAUUGCUGCAGAGAUCCAUUGGCUUGCUUUCAGCAACACACUAGAGUGACAUGGUUAUAAGUUGUCCCUUUCAGUUCAUGAAAGUAAAGAAGCUUAUCGCGCAUGGGAGUUUGUUGUGAGGGACAUUAUUAUCAUAUUUUCAUCCACCUGAGCUGGAAAACAUACCUCUAUGCUCUGAAAUGUGGGUUUUUGUACUAUUGUUUUAAGUUCCGACUGAGAAUGGUGUUUGAAUGACUUAGAUCAAAUCUCUGUAUC